AUGCAAGGCCCAUGCGUCCUGCACGGCGGAACAGCGACCACAGCUGUUUCUUUUCAAGCCUGCUUGGAGGCCAUCCGAGAUGCUGCUUUUGAAACCUCAGCAUGUCCUGUCAUCAUCACUCUGGAGAAUUACCUGUCGCAGGAGGGUCAGAGGCCUGGCUUAGGUGCCACCACCACAGAUGCUUUCCUGGCCAUCUCCUGGAGAGCCAUGCGCCGCUACACAGCUGUGCAUUUGGCGAGAAUCUAUCCGGCGGGCUACCGGGUGGACUCAUCCAACUACGACCCGCAGGAUGCGUGGGAUGCUGGCUGCCAGAUGGUUGCUUUGAAUGGACAAAAAAGCAUUUUCUUUCAUCCUCAUGCAGCAUGGCUCAAUGCAGGAAAGUUCAGAGGGAAUGGAGGAUGUGGCUUCGUCCAGAAGCCCCUCCACCUGUUGUCGGACGAUCCACCAAAGCCGAAGAGGCUGCUGAUCACCGUUCUGGGCGGCGAUGGAUGGGAGGCCUUCCGAGACUUCGACCUUCUUGGGCCUCCAGAUUCCUAUGUAUGUGUUGAAAUCGCGGGAGCUUCCUCGGACCGACGACUUGAAAAGACGUCAGUCUAUACUGCCAGGGUGAAGACUGGACCGAAGGCGCAACCUGUGUGGAAACAAUGCUUUGAAUUUGCCAUCACUGACAUGGCCUUGGCGGUCGUCAUGCUCGUUGCUUGGGAUCAAGACGUUGAUUUUGACGAUCUUCUCGGUCAGUAUGCAUUUCCUCUUGCUGAGCUUAAGCCGGGCUGGCGUCGAAGCUGGCUGCAUGCAUGUUGUGUUUUUUUUGAAUUUGUCAGGGUCUUUAGGGUUUUGUGCAAUUGCAGGUGUCAUAUCGAGGGAUGUUGA